UCGCUAUUUUUUUUAUUCCCAAACCAUUCCAUACUGUGUGAUCGAGAGGGCGAAAUAGUCUCUGAGAUUCACGAGUUUCUGUGCCAUCGAUUGCUAUGAUGUCGUACUCCAGAAGGUCAAGGUAUUCUCGAUCUCCUUCUCCAUACAGGCGGCACAGGUCUGUCUCGAGGUCUUUGUCGAGGUCUAUGUCGAGGUCAAGAUCAAGGAGCCGGUCAAGGAGCCCUUCGGUGGAAAAUCCUGGUAACAAUCUGUAUGUGACAGGAUUGUCACCUCGGGUCACAAAGAGAGAACUUGAGAAGCAUUUUGCUAGUGAGGGAAAGGUGGCGGAAGUUCAUCUUGUCGUUGAUCCCUGGACCAGAGAAUCCCGUGGCUUUGGGUUUGUUACGAUGGGAACUGUUGAGGAGGCUGAUCGCUGCAUUAAGUAUUUGAACCAUUCUGUUCUUGAAGGCCGUGUCAUUAUGGUGGAGAAGGCCAGGAGGCGGAGAGGGCGAACUCCUACUCCGGGAAGGUACCUUGGAUUGAAAACAGUUCACGUGCGCCAUCGAUCUUCAAGCUAUUCUCCUCGGCGAUCUCCUAGCUACUCUUCUCGGCGAUCUCCCAGCUACUCUCCUUAUCGAAGGGGCCGCAGUCGCUCGCCACGUUAUUCAUCAGAACGGAGCAGGAGUAGGUCAUAUUCUCCCUAUUAUAGCCGUAGGAGGUCAUACUCCCCUUAUUAUGACAGGCGGAGGUCAUACUCUUUUUACUACAGCCGGCGCCGGUCCGACUCUCGGUCUCGCUCUCCUUAUAGCAGGUCACCUGUCAGCCGCCGGGAUCGGUCCUACUCUCAUUAUGAUACCAGGUAUUACUCACCUGAUGACCGUUACAGUAGGAGGCAUCGGUACCGUUCUCUCUCCCGAAGCAUGUCACCUAGGCCAAGGAGGAAGUCAAGGAGGAGCUACUCACGCAGUGUCUCACCCAGGCCGAGGAGGAGCUCGAGGAGGAGCUACUCACGCAGCAUUUCGCCUAGACUGAGGAGUUCCAGGAGGAGUUAUUCUCGUAGCAUUUCCCCUAGACUUAGGAGCUCGGGGCGCACUCGAUCAAGGCGUGAAUACUCUAGAAGCUACUCUAGGAGUCCUAGUGCGACUCCAAGUUCUAGAUCAGCUUCAAGGUCUGUUAGUUGUUCUAGCUCGUAUAAAGAGUGAGAAGCUAUCUGCCUAUUUAGCUAGUUAGGGUUCUGGUCUUGAGAUAUUGUUGUGGACAAACAACUGACUGUAUAUUUGGGAGUUUAUGGCUUGUCUUUCUCAUCGAGUAUUUACGUCUUGUUGUAAUAAUAGUUGGCUUUAAGUAUCUUGUCUUGUGUGUGAAUGUAUGAUGCUGUUUUUGUUUU